AUUUGUAUUCGCAUUUGCAGCUACACCUUUCAACGUUGGCCAGGCAGUCAUUUUUGGCCGGCAGCCGAUGCAAAAGCAUGGAACGCAUUACAAGAUCUUACGCGUGUCACGUACAGACGGGAUUAGAUUUAUAGGAUAAUUGAAUGCCUGUGAAAGUCAUUUGUCAAUUGGUCGGUACCGAGACAACGAGAGAUAUCGAACGAUCAACAAGAUGCGUUGUUCGAUCAAAGAUUUCAAUUCGAUAAUGGAACCUUUCUCAAAGUCGGUAUAAUUCUAGUAGCCUCCUCAAUGCCGGGAUGCGAGAUUUGGUGUCCGUUACUAAGAGAUGAAUUGAAGAAAAUAGUUUCAGUCUCGCAAGCACCGUGGAUCUGGAACGAGCAGCAGCUCGCGUCGGGAGCACGAGAUGGCGAAACAGCGGACUGGGAUCUCGAUCGCGAUCGCGAUGAUCGAAAAGAAGAAAGAACGACAGCGAGACGCGUCUUCCCGAAACGGACAAUAUACGCAGGCGAAGACGGAGAGAAGGGUAACGGAACAGAAGGAAGCGCAGCUUUUAUCGAUGGUGUUGGAGCGGUAACGGGUCCGGAGAAAACGAGGCCGGGAUCUCCUCGGCAACUUUCCGACAUCGAUGGAGUAAAAGAUAAAGUGGAAUCGGCCACACAGUCCCCGCGCGAUGCGUUUUCGCAAGCUGUCGAGGAAUGGGAUGCGCAAGAUCCGUUUUGGUCUCGGCCGAUCGUGCGUACCGCGGAAAUGGAAAUGGAAACGGAAACGGAGACGCGAAUCAAGAAGGACAAAGAGGUGUUCACCGCGGAGCAACCUUCGAGUCUAGGAACCGACGGCGGUAUUAUCAAAAAGGACGAGUUGGUAACAUCCGAUGUGAUUCGCUUCGAAGACGAAUGCGAACCAACCUGUCCACGUCGUAUCUCGCGAAAAAACAGAAUACGCAAACUCGAGGAAAGACAGAAGAUCGUGGACACGUAUUUGCUGAACAAGGGUACACGUUACUUCGACAAUGUCUGCACUUGUUCCCUCUCUUGUAUCGUUCGUGCAUUGAAACAAGACACAUUUGUUAAAAGUAUAAUAGCAUCUGUCGCUCUAUUCGCAUUUGGUAUGAAACUUUGCACGGAAUUUGAUGCAUGGUACCUACCCAUUCGACUUUCGUGAAACAAUAUUAAAACAGCGUCCUGGAAAAUACGAAAAUACGAAAAUAAAUACGAAAAUACGAAAAUA